AGCUGUCAAUUUAUUUCAAGGUCAAUAAACAUUGAUAAGAUUUCAGUACAAAAUGAAAACUUUCGAAUAUACUCUGUAGUGUAAUCAUUGUUAUGUUACGCUAUUUGCUAAAUACAAUGGCUUUAUUAUAGAGUUUAAUCAUCUAUUGUUUGAAAAUGAAUAUGGUUUGUUUUAACUGUGAAAUGAUCUUUUACUCAACAAAUAUUAGAAAACAGAAAAGUUAUCUUUUUAUCUAAAUGGAAAAAUUGUCUAUUUUUGUGAAGUUCCAAUAACUCAUACAACGUGAAUAUAAUAAGUCGGCAUUUUUGGAAGGGAUUUAUAUCAUAGCUAAACCAAAUCUAAUUUCGAAAAUGACCAGAAUCCACAAUUUUUUCUUGUUUAGGGCAAGAAAGAAGGCAAAUAUUUGUAAAAUAGAUACAGUUUCUUUUGAUUCUUUUCACAACGAACAAUCACCAGAAAAGAAUAAGGUCUCAAGGGAAUCAUCUGUUUCUGAAAAGUUUUCUCCCCACACGUUGAAUAAGGUGGACCAUUAUGAGAAGUUUUCAACUGAAGAACAAAGCAAGAAAAGUUCAAAGCCAAAUUUUUACUCAAUAUUUGCAAUUUUUCAUUCGAUACUAUUUUUCAUUGGGCUAGUUUUAUUUCUGCUUUAUUCUUUUGAUAUUAUUGAUAUCAAAUCUGAGGAUUCAACAUACAAUUCUAAUCAGCCUGUUAAGACUCAAAUUUUUUAUAAUUAUUCAGAAGCAAAUAAUUUCUCCAUCAAAAAUCCUAUUUUUUCCAAAGAACUUCCUUUUCCCAUCAAACCGAAUUCAAGCCAAUGUCAGGUUUAUGAUAAUAAAGAUAAAUUGGAUUGCCUGCCUCAAGGAAUUGCAACAAAGGAAACAUGUGAAAAAAGAGGCUGUUGCUGGAUUCCAGUUUCAGCACCUUUAGGAAUCCCCUAUUGCUUUUACCCUCAAGGUUAUCCCACAUAUAAUUAUUUAAAUGUGACACAAACAGCUUUUGGAUUGAUAGCUUUUCUCAAAAGAAGUUAUAGAAGUGCAUACCCUGAUGAUGUUGAAAUUAUAAAGUUGAUAGUAAAAUAUGAAACCGAAUCAAGACUGCAUAUUAAGAUUAUUGACCCGUUACAACAUAGAUUUGAGCCACCUUAUCCAGAAAUACCAAUAGUUGAUAGAGCAGCAAUCAAUUUACUCUAUCAAUUUGUUUACAUUCCUGAAAAACCAGGAUUUCAGGUUGUUCGAAAAUCAGAUGGUACAGUUAUUUUUGAUGCACUGGAAUUUAGGAAUUUGAUUUUUGCCAAUCAAUUUCUUCAAGUGAGUGGAAAAUUGCCAUCUAGUUUCAUUUAUGGAAUUGGGGAACAUCAAGAAAGCUUUAUGAUACCCUCAAACUGGACUAGGUAUACUCUGUUCAAUCAUGAUAGUAUUCCACAAUUCAAUAAAAAUCUAUAUGGUAGCCAUCCAUUCUACUUAUUAUUAGAAGAAACAGGUCAUUCACACGGAGUUUUUUUGCUGAACAGUAAUGCAAUGGAUAUAUUGUUACAACCAGCUCCUGCAAUCACCUAUAGAUCGAUCGGUGGAAUCUUGGAUUUCUUUUUUUUCUUAGGACCUACACCAGCAGAUGUUGUUAGGCAAUACACUGAUCUAAUUGGAAGACCCUUUAUGCCUCCUUAUUGGGGUUUAGGUUUCCAUUUAUGUCGCUUUGGUUAUAAGACAUUGGAAGAAACAAAAAAAAUUAUGCAAAGGAAUAUAGAUGCUGAAAUUCCUCUGGACACUCAGUGGAAUGACUUAGACUACAUGAACAAUAGUAAUGAUUUCACUUACGAUAAAAGAAAUUUCAAAGGUCUUCCCGAUUUCAUUGAAACGUUGCAUGACAAAGGUAUGCAUUAUAUACCUUUAAUUGAUGCUGGAGUCAGUGCCAGUGAAGUACCCGGUACUUACCCACCUUACGAUGAAGGUGUCAAAAUGGAUAUUUUUGUGAAGAAUAGUAGUGAUCAAAUAUUUAUUGGGAAGGUUUGGAAUAAAGGUACUACAGUGUGGCCAGACUUCACACAUCCAAAUAGUGUUGGUUAUUGGACUUCAAUGUUGAGGAAUUUACAUGAGCAGAUAAGCUUCGAUGGAUCUUGGAUUGACAUGAAUGAACCUUCCAACUUCUAUUCAGGAUCUAGUACAGGAUGCCCUCAGAAUAACUUGGAACAUCCUCCUUACCUACCAUCUGUUGAUGGUGGACUUUUAUAUUACAAGACUAUGUGCAUGUCAUGUAAACAGUAUGCAGGUUUACAUUAUGAUGUACAUAAUUUAUUUGGGUUCACAGAAGCGAUUGUGACCAAUUUCGCUCUGGCUGAGAUCCGUGGAAAGAGACCAAUGGUUAUCUCUAGAUCAACAUUUCCCGGUAUUGGCAAUUAUGCUGGACAUUGGAGUGGUGAUGUAUGGUCAGCAUGGUUAGAUAUGAAGUAUAGCAUACCACAACUUUUAAGCUUCAGUCUUUAUGGUGUUCCACUUAUGGGAGCAGAUAUUUGUGGAUUCAAUGGAAAUACGACAGCUAAUCUAUGUAACCGCUGGAUGCAAUUGGGGGCCUUUUAUCCUUUUUCAAGGAAUCACAACACCGAUGACGGGAUUGAUCAAGAUCCUGUUGCGUUUGGAGAUUUAGUGAUUAAAUCAUCCCGUAAAGCACUCAUGACUAGAUAUUCACUCUUACCUUACUUGUAUACAUUAUUUUGGAAUGCACAUGUAUAUGGAGAUACUGUAGCUAGACCGUUAAUGUUUGAGUUUUGGAGUGAUCCUUCUACUUUCAAUAUAGAUUCUCAGUUCUUAUGGGGACCAGCUUUAAUGAUAAUUCCUGUUUUAGAGGACAAUGUUGUAACUGUUCAAGGGUAUCUACCAAAAGCCAUAUGGUAUGAUUUUUACAGUAAGGCUGCUACCAUAAGCAAAGGUGAAUUUUUCAAUAUAUCUGCACCCUUGGAUACAAUUCCCUUAUUUGUUCGAGGUGGAUAUAUAAUUCCUCAACAAUCUCCGAAACAGACAACAACUGAAAGUCGCAAAACACCUAUUCACUUGUUAGUUGCUCUGGAUGAGCAAGGAAAGGCACUAGGUCAGCUGUAUUGGGAUGAUGGAGACUCAUUGAAUACUUAUGAAGAAAAACAAUAUUCUCUCACUACAUUUUCUGCAGAAGAUAACACACUACGAAUACAGAAUAUAUAUCGACAAGAGUUGCCACCCAACUUGGGAAAUGUAACCAUUUUAGGAGUUCAAACAACUGUGACUUCUGCAACUCUCAAUGGUAACUCAAUAAAAAAUUUCUAUUAUGAUGCAGUUCAUCAGGUCUUGCUAAUUGAUAAACUGAAUCUGGAUUUUAAAACGGACAUUGUCUUCUCUUGGAAGUAAAAACCUUCCAAAAAUCGUUUGUGGAUGUAUGAUAUUUAUGCAUAUCAGAAUAUCAUAAAUCUUAAUAUUAUGGUUUGUCUCUGUAAAACGUAAGAUUUCUUCUAUCUCAAUAUUUUACCGAAUAUUUUUAGAUAACUCUUAAUUAUUAUCAGUAUCUAUUGUGAUAUAUUACCGUGUUUGAUUUCAAUUGUACCCUUCACUCUGAACUAGAGAAUAGACCUAAUACAAUUUUAACAUUUUUUUUUCAAAAAUCAUUUCUAAAAGCUAUUUAAGCAUUCGAUUAUUUUAAAUUUGUUAGUUACUCAAGUAACUAUAGCAUUUUUAAAGAAAAAUAGAUCUCCGACAUCCUCUUAUAUUUACUGUACUAUGUCUUAGACUGCAGAUGUUCAGUAAAUUAUUUUUAUUUGUAAUGACUCUAAGUUGGAGCUCUCCUAAUUAUUAUAUCACUGAUAUUGAAGAAAGUGUUUCUGUAUAUAAAAGGUUGCCAAUUUUAUUGUGAUAUGGAAUCAUAGUUUAUAGAAAUUGUACUCAUCCUCAAUAGAAACUUGUUUUGUGAUAUUUACGUAUUCAAUAGAAAAGAAGUAUAAGUAAGAGAUAAUUAGGACUGAUCCAUAUCUAUAAAAAAGUAUCAUGCAUGUACUUUAUUAACAACUAGUCAUACCUUCACUUUUUGAGGAUUAAGUUAAGAAGAAGUUUGUUAUUAUAGGAAUAGCAUGUUUCUAUCAAUGUGCUUAUUCAAAAUUUGAUUUUCUACUUGGAAUGAAUUUUAUGUAGUGUGUUUAUUUCUACUUCGAUUUUGUGUUUUUAUUUUAUAAGUAAUAAAUAACUUUUAAAUCUA